AGUGUUAGGAGCGCUUCUGCUUAAUAAGCAUGCAUGAUCUAGCGCCACUUCUGCUAUAAAACGCGAUUAACAGUUUCAUUUAGUAUCAUUUUUGCCACCCCGGUCAUCAAGGAGCAAUCUAUGACCAUGCCUCUCUUCAGGGAACUCUUGGUUUUACUUUUGGCCUUCACGACCGUUGCACUGGGGCAGAUGAUCGGCCAAGAUGACAGGAGUCAUAAGACUGCUGGCAAUUCACUCCUGAAGAAAUACUUCGGGUACGCUACCAACAAAGAAUACUUAAAGAAAGAGAUAAGUUCCUUCUUUCAUCCAAAGCCUUUCUACUCGAAGAAUUCCAUUAAUGAUUACGGUGGAAAGUUUGGUAUGACAGGAAAUGGAUUGAAUGACUUUAAUUACAAGCCAUCUUCAUCGAAAUCGAAAGAAACCUUACCAAUUCCUCAGUUUACUGGAAAUGGAUUGAAUGACUUCAAGUACAAUCCAUAUUCAUCGAAAUCGAUACAAACCUCAUCUGUUCCUCAGAACUCCAUAACAAGAAAAUCGUCAACAACGCCAUCAUCGGAGCUAAAAGAAACCAUCAACGUUCCCGAGUCAACUCCCAUUCAGUCUGUGACAGAACAGCCACCCUCACCACCUCUGAGCUCUCCUUGUCAAACUCCGGCGCAAUGGGAGGGAAAAGCCACCGAGUGGGACCACAUCAAUGGCGUCAAAAACCAUUUCCACAUCACCUUCGAUGGCAUUAACCGAAGGAAGCGGAUCCUGGUAGAUAAACACGCCAAAUUCCUAGGAAAAAGUAUUUACGAGUAUAUCAUGCUUUAUGAUGAAGGGAUACAAUACGUCAUCAAUCAUGAUAACAAGACAUGCUCAGUGGAACAGCUAGGAACAUGGAGCAACUUCACUAUUCCACCCAAUGCUACUUUUGAGAAAUCCUAUGAGAUUGUAGGAAGCGGCGUCAUGGUGCAGGAGUGGUCAAAUAGAAUUCCAGGAAAGCAAAAGGAAAGUUGGAUUGGUACAUUCACUUACCCUGGUUGUUUGCCAGUGAAAGAAAUCGUCAUGGAGAAGGAUGAGAACCACACGACUGUCCAUUCAGUUAGUACCAAGUUCAUUGGCAUCCGGAUGGGCAUCACAAACAUCUCAGUGUUCACACCUCCAUCAUUCUGUAAGAACGCUACAUCUCCAGUCAAGGACACUAAUCAAACAAAUGUUGAUUCAUCAAAAGAAGGAUCGGGUGACAAAGUUCUUGAACGGUCCGGAGAUGGAUCUGGUGAAUGGUCCGGAGAUGGACUAUCAGGCGAAGGGUCUGGUGGUGGUUCUUCUGAAUGGGCCAGUGAGGAUAUGUCAGGAGAAACAUCGGGUGACGAAGUUCUUGAAUGGUCAGGUGACAAAUCUGGUGAAUGGUCUGGAGAUGGACUAUCAGGUGAAGGGUCUGGUGGUGGAUCUUUCGAAUCGGCCAGUGAGGAUAUGUCAGGAGGAGGAUCAAGUGACAAUGUUCUUGAAUGGUCUGGGGAUGGACUAUCAGGCGAAGGGUCUGGUGGUGGUUCUUCUGAAUGGGCCAGUGAGGAUGUGUCAGAAGGGUCUAGUGACGAAGUUCUUGAAUGGUCUGGAGAUGGACUAUCAGGCGAAGGGUCUGGUGGUGGUUCUUCUGAAUGGGCCAGUGAGGAUAUGUCAGGAGAAGGGUCAGGUGACGAAAUUCUUGACUGGUCCGGUGACAGAUCUGUUGAAUGGUCUGGAGAUGGGGUAUCAGGUGAAGGGUCUGGUGGUGGUUCUUCUGAAUGGGCCAGUGAGGAUAUGUCAGGGGAAGGGUCAGGUGACGAAGUUCUUGACUGGUCCGGUGACAGAUCUGUUGAAUGGUCUGGAGAUGGGGUAUCAGGUGAAGGGUCUGGUGGUGGUUCUUCUGAAUGGGCCAGUGAGGAUAUGUCAGGGGAAGGGUCAGGUGAGGAAGUUCUUGACUGGUCCGGUGACGGAUCUGGUGAAGGUUCUGGUGAAUAACAUCUUGAAUGGUGUGGCAUACUCUUAUUUGUAACCAUCCAAUAGUUCAUUAUCGUUGUCCUCUAAGAUUUCUGUUAUUUAUUAUUUCAUGUAAAGGAACCAUGGAGAGUGUUCCAGUGAGGAAAUGUGUCUUGAGGACUUUGGUAGAGUUAUCUGCAUGUUUUGGUAAGAAACCUUCGAGUGAAGGGACCGAGAGGGUUCAUUGUAUGGUCAGCUAAUUGAUCUACUUAGUAUUCAAGUGUUUUGGAUUAGCAUUCUGGAACUGGCUGGUAAAGUUAUACAGAACCUCAAAUGCACAUAAAAGUAUGUUAAUGCUCAGUGUUAGCUACAAAAAAAUAUGCAAAUAUGUCGUUUGGACAAAGCUGCUGUUUUGAAUCACCAAUUUUCAACAAAGACUUCUUGGCUGUUCAUUGUCAUGAAGGGCAUUUGAUAAUUCAUUUUCUAUGUUCUUGAAUCCAGAGUGCAUUUUGGAGUAGAAUCUCCCUUUAAACAAUGAAGAUCUUACAGUAAUGACAUUAUUGUUUGAUGGGGUGAAGUUUAGCACAAUAUAUGAAUUAUUUGAAUAUGGUAUGAAGCAGAGUUAUAAAUUUUGUAAAAAAAAAAAAAUUCAGCCCUGGAAAUGAAUAUGUGAAGGCUACAGAAACAUUUAAAAGAUGUAGAGAGGUUGUCCAUACUGGCAUCUAGUUGAUUCUUAUUGAAGUACAACUUUGAGAGUGCUGAACAUAUCUUCCUGGAAGGAAUGUUGUUUGGGACUUUGCUGAAGCUGGGGUUUAAAAUCUUCAAACCACCAGGAAUAUCAAAUCCAACAGAAUUUAAAUGGCUGUGCCAAUAACAACUUCCAUGAUUGUUUGUGAGAAAAUUAUAAUACCAAUAAUCAUGAAACUAACUUCACCUACAAAUAUGAUUUAUCAGCAUUCUGAAGAUACGAGUCCCAACAUAUCUAAUUUGAAUAAAUGUAACAUUGAAGAAAAAACUAUUGGAUAGCACCAUGAAUCUCUGAACAUUGUCCUUCAGUUAUUUUCUUCAGAGUAGUUCAAAAUAGCAGGUGGUUUACUUCCACUGCACAUUGUUUUACCAACAUUUCUCAAUGGCCCAUAUUCUGAACUCAGUUUUUAAAUUGAACCCUGGUUUAAACUUGUGGUUUAGCUAUGGAGAGCCAAUUGGGGCAAAAAUCCCUAACAGUGCACAUCCAAUUUAUCAACUCAUUUGGCACUCAAAUUGUCCAUAAUUGUCUGGAAAUGAUAUCUAAAGUAUUUUUCUUCAUCAUGGAAGCAAAAAGAAACAAAAUAGUAAACAUACGAAAGAUACAAUACAAACUGAAUUUCUGAUUUUUUGGCUCCCCAUAAUUUUAGCACAGAGUUAGACCGUGGUCUACAUGACUUCAGAAUACGAGCCAAUAUAUUCAGACAUUUAUAAUAUCUGUUUUUUUUCGAGUUCAAAUAUACUCAAUAUGUUUUAACUUUGAAGCAAGAGGUUCUAAAAAAACUGUCAGAUUUUGAAAUGGGUUUAAGUGGCAAAUUGUUUUUUAUUUCAAUAAUUAGAGAAAUGUGGUAUUAUAUAGCAGAAUGAUAUAUGCUGAUGACACUCAAAUGUAUAUUUCCUCUCAACAUGAUGCCAAUCGUGCCAAAAUUAUUGCUCAGAUUGAAUCUUGCUUAAGUAGAAUACAGGUGUGGUUAUCACAAAUUCAUCUAAAUUUAAAUCUAAGAAAAACUGAAGUUGUGCAUAUCAGACCGUGCUGUAAAAUGUCAUCAUCAUUGUCAAUUAUUGUGUCUGAUAUUACCAUUCUAUCAGUUUCUAAAGUGUGUGUUCUUGGAGUAAUUGUUCAGGAUUAUCUACAGAUGAAAGCUCAUGUUAAUAAUAUAUGAAUAUCACCGCCAUUGGACUAUAUAGUAUUGGAAAGAUAUGGCAAUUUCUGGAUAAGUCAACCACAGAAAGGAUUAUUCAUGCAUUUAUAUUCAUUAACUUGACUGUAAUAAUGGACUGCCUCUAGGAGUACCAGAUACUCAGCUUUCUAAACUCCAGCGCAAACAAAUUUCAGCUGCAAGUCUCUUAGUUCACAAAUUUUUUUUUUAUUUAAGUGACACCGAUCCUAGGUAGUCUCCACUGGCUUCCGAUAAAGGCUUGUAUUUUGUUUAAAGUCCUCACUCUUGUUUUUAAGUGCAUUAAUGGGAAUGCCCCUAUUACCUCAGUGAUAUAAUUCAGAAAUAUCAACCCAGUCAAAAUCAAAGAAUCUUCUCUCUGAAAUACAAGUGAAGUCCAAGACUUUUGGUGAUAGAGCUUUUGGGAAAAUGGCACCAAAAUUGUGGAAACUACCUCAUAAUAUUAGAUCAAUAACAGAUUGCAACAGAUUAUAACCUGUGUUAAAAAGAUUCCUAUUUAAGAAGCACACGUAUUAGCCAUAUACAAAACAAUAAUUCUUCCACACACAUUAAUACUAUUUAUAUGGUAUUAUGCGUCUCUAAAACCUGCUUAUUAUUAUUAUUACAUUUUUCUUUGUUCAUUAUUUCCAUGUGUUCAGCAUGCAAGUGUACAAAGCGCAAUUUUGCUCAAUAUUUUCAUAAUAAUGGUGUUCAGAAAUACAUGAUCCUACAUAGUUACAUCAGGAGACCUAAGUUUUAUUUUCACUGAUUUCAUGUUUUCUCAGAAUAUUUUUAAAUUAGGUUUUUUUUUGUCCUGAUACACCCAGGACAUGUGUCUUAAGUACACCUUUGAAGGAUGUAAAUUUUAAAGUAUGUAAAUGUUGACAAAGGCCUACACUACUUAAGUAAUAUGAUGUACAAUCAAGACUGAAAAAUAAAUGAUCUACUUACUCUAAA